AUGACGGACCUCGGUGCAUUGACAUUCUUCCUUGGCAUCUCCGUCACUUGGACAUCCUUGGGCAUGUUUCUCUCUCAGCGUCAGUAUGCCUUGGAGCUACUUCACCGCGCUGGCAUGGUUGAGUGUCACCCCUCUGCCACUCCGAUUGACACUAAGUGCAAGCUUUCAGCUCAGGAUGGUCCUCUUCUCUCCGAUCCCACCGAGUAUCGGAGCUAUGCUGGCGCCUUACAGUAUUUGACGCUCACGCGACCGGAUAUCGCGCAUGCUGUUCAGCAGGCCUGUUUAUACAUGCAUGCGCCCAGAGAGCCUCAUAUGCACUUGGUUAAGCGCAUUCUCCGGUACAUAAAGGGCACCCUAGACCACAGCUUGCACCUCUCGAGCUCCUCCUCCGUGGCACUUACUGCAUACUCUGACGCAGAUUGGGCUGGGUGCCCUAACACCCGACGUUCUACGUCCGGCUACUGCGUCUAUCUUGGUGACAACCUUGUCUCUUGGUCGUCUAAACGUCAGACUACUGUGUCUCGUUCCAGUGCCGAGGCGGAGUAUCACGCCAUUGCUCAUGUUGUUGCUGAGUGCUGUUGGAUCCGUCAGCUCCUUGGGGAGCUCCAUCACCCUCUGACGUCUGCCACUGUUGUCUUCUGUGACAACGUUAGUACUGUCUACAUGGCCUCUAAUCCGGUCCAGCAUCGUCGUACCAAGCACAUUGAGAUUGAUAUCCACUUCGUUCGGGAGAAGGUGUCGCUUGGUGAGGUGGUGUACGUCUCCGUCCAGGGAUUGGACGCGACGCUCGUCGCCUUCCAGAUCGAUCGAGCAGCCGCUCGUCGAGAUCAAGCAGCUCCUCUAGCGGUUGGAUCACCCCGACCUGCACACUGGCCGCCGCCGUUUCUAAACCACCGGAGCGACGAGGGGCAGGAAACGACGGCGUAG